AUGGAGGCGCACCCUGACCUGCUCGACAAGUUCGUUAAGUAUGCGGCUGGUAAGGAACGAUGCGGGGUUGCCGUUGGAUGGGCGAACGUCAACCACCACAUGCCGAAGACAGUGCUGUGCGACGUGGCGGGACCGCCUUAUACGCAGGAAAAGGGAUGUUGGACGCUUCCCUCAACAAGAAGCUACGAGUCGCUCUCGGUGGCCUUCUACGAGAUGUUCACCGAACCCGAUGGCAAGCAGAUCAGGGUCUUUUACAGUACCGACCUAUUCCUGGUGCUUCUGGUGGGCCACGCGUGUCUGGGCGGCCUCUUGGUGCUCGUAGCCGCCGCUGCCGCCCGUCUCUACCAAAUGAACAGACCGGCCGCUCCUCAUCGCCAAUCCGUCGCGCGCCGAGACUCCUCCACCUCCAACGUAUCGGCCAGUCGCUCCCGGAGCUCGGCGAGCAACUCGGAGGAGCGGAAACGCCCGGUCGCGCGCAGCCUGAAGCGCCCGCGUCAGCAC